UUAGUUCGUCCCCUCCUCCACCCGCCCCUCGUGACCCUCCUCCCCCUGUCCGCCCGCCCCCUCAUCUGCCUCUUCUUCUACAGCCAGCCCAUUCUCAUCAUCCCCCGCGGCCGCCGCAUCGUCCUCACCGUCUGCACCACCACUGCCCCUCUUGGUCUUGAACGACACCAGAGGGCUCGACGACAGCGACCACUCGCCGGGCGACGAGUUGGCCACCGGCGAGCGGAAGCCGUCCUCCUCAAUGCCCUCAGGAACCUCGUCGUGUCGCUGCUCUUCCCCCUCCUCUUGGUCGUGCUGCACGAUGGCGAGGCGGCUGCCGCCUGGUGGCACAAAGGGAGGAGACUCGGAGUAGGUGAGGGAGUCGACACCGGGGGACGCUGCACUCAUGUGGCUGCGGCGGCCCUGGAAGAGGGGGGGUGGGGUGGGCGACGACACGCCCUCGCCUACGACAAACUGAUCCGGCUGCUGGACGGCGGCCCCGUGCCCCUCCUCUCCCUUGCCCCCCUCCUGCUGCUGCUGCCACAUGGCGGGUGCAUAUGGCUUGUGGGGCCUGGGCGGUGUGGGGCUCUCGAUGAGGACGCUGCCCCUUUGGCCUUCCUCUGUCACACGGGCCGACUGGGCGAGGCUGCCCUCAGGCGUCUUGUAUGGGUCAGAGGCCGGCAACGGCGAGUUGUCGUCCAUGCGGAUGGCAUCCAUGGACAGGGGCGGCACGUCGUUGGGCACGAGAACGGCUCCCGAGCCGCCGUCACCCCCACUGGCGAUACUGGCGAUGGGAUGGGGGAUCGCCACAUCGAUAUCCGAAUCCACGGCUGUGCGAGACCCACCACCGCCCUCACUCCCCUGCUCGGACAGCGUGUCAUCUCGGGGCGUCAUGACCUCCAUGUGCUCCCUCUUCUUGUCGAGGGCUUCCUUGCCCGCCGCCACACCACUGGCACUGGGCUGCUGGCCGUCCCGUCGGCCGGGGGCGGAGGAGGAGCGCUUGGCGGGGCGAAGUGCGAGGGGGCGUGCCGGGAGAUUGCCCGCCGUCAUGAGGGGUUUGCCGGCCGUGCGCUGCUGGAAGGCACGCUCCAAACGCCCCACCUCGGCAGCACGCGCAGUCAGCUCACGCUGAACAGAGAGAAAGAAAGAAAACGGUGCGGGAGUGGUGCACGUCGAGCCGCCCACCAUGCCAGCGCACCUACCUCCAUUUGUUUGAGCUUGGCGUGUUUCUGACCGAGUCGGCUCCUCUCGCGCUCGAACUCGGCCUCCUGCAGCUGCACACGCACAUACACACAGAGGACACACGGACAUCAGCAAGGGCGUGCGUGACGUCUGCCUGACGUACCUUCCUCUGCUGCUUGAGGGCCUCUUCGUGCGCUUCGAACGACGCCCUGCGGACAAACACGGCCCUUGUGCCUGGUGGUGGUGGUUACAUACUUACUGUUUGCAUUCGAGUAUGUCUUCUAUCUCGAGGCAGCGGUUGACAGUGGCACGGUACUGCUCCAGCGACUCCUGGUGAAAGGAAGAGCAAGACGAUCCGCACAUAGGGAGGGUUUGUAUGCUUGUGCAUGUGCCGACGUGGCGCACCUGGUCGCGCAUGAGCUGAUCACUGGCCUGCUGCAGCUGCUGCUGACGAACGUCCAACUCCUCACUCUGAUGAAAGGCCGGAUGCAUCGAUAAUCCUCAGGUGACAAAUACGUGUGUGGUGGUUGUCUGUGUCUCUGGCGUACGCACGGACCAGACCUGUCUGAGUAGUGCGGCCUCCUUGUCCUUCAGGUCGCUACCGUAUGCCUGAAGCUUGUGCUGCACACGCCAUAUACACACAGACAGUCAUGGAAUGCAAAAGAACACAGCACAGCACACAUUAGCCCGUGUGCGUGUGUGUGCCCGCACAUAUUCGUCUUGGAUCGAUUUCUUCUUCGCGUUGAGAUCCUCCUCCGCCCUGGCGACUCUACCCUCAGCAGCGGCGAUGGCACCCUCUCUCGCACACAACUCAGACUCACGGCCCUGCAGUCCAGUCAGCAGAAAACGACAUAACACAUUCCCUUCCCCCAUCCAUACGUGUGCGUGUGCGUACGUACGUCGAGCCGGGUGUUCUCCUCUUUGAGCUGCUCUAGCUGCACCCGCUGCUCGCCAUCCACCCGUUUUCGGUCCACUUCCAGCGCCUCCAAUUUACGACGGACACUAGCCUGACCAAUCGACAGACAAGCCAUCCACUAUAGUAUGCCCUCUGAGGGUGGGUAUGCGUCGGUGCUGUGCCCACCUGCGUCUCUUUGAGUUGUUGCUGCUGCUUUUCGAGAUCGGCGUCACGCUCAUCCAGCCUGAUUGACACAUUCAUUGGGUGGAUGAGCCAACCAGAUGAGAGGGACAAUGAAUGGGAGGCAUUGGGGUGUGUGGGUGUGGGUGUGGAUCUGUCCAACGGACAGGGAGGCGCGCUCUGAGAGCUGCUGGCGACGGGCAUCCAAACUGAAGAGGGCAGCGUACAGGGCAAUGGACGAAUGGAUGGACGAGCGGGUGAUUGAUGGUUGGAUGCUGCGGGUGUGGGGUACUGACCUGUCCCACUCCUUGGCCAGCCGAGCCAUCUCCUGCUGCACACGAUCCAACUCUGCGCUGACCUGCACACACACACACACACACACAAGCAACAUACAUCUUCUCCCCCUCGCCCGCGCCCCACCCUUUUCCCACCCACCUGUUCCUCCCUUGUUUCGAUGUCCCUUCUGUGUUUCUCCACGUGGGCCCGCUCCUCCUUGAUGGCUGCCUCCAGCCGCUGGUUAGUCUCAUGGAUCACCGACACGCUAUUCUUGUCAGCCUGCACCUGACGCGCCCGCCCGUCUAGCUCCGCCCGCUCGCGGACGAUCCGUUGCUGCUCGUGCUGCAGCCGCUCGGCCUCUCUGGCGUUGGCCUCCUCCUUCUGCUCCAGGGCCUUAUCGCGGUCGCCCACACGUUGGAAGUACUUCUUGAGGCGCUGGGAAUCCUCCUCCACACGAGCCUUGCUAGCCUGCAUGAGCAAAGGAGAAGAGGCAAAGGCACAUGGUACACGGAGGGAGGGAGGGGGGAGGGAGGGGAGAGGGGAUUUACUUCUAGGUCCUUGGCGUAUUGGCUGAGGCGUUCUUUCUCCCGGUUGAGGUGCUCCUCCCUCUCGCGCGUGUGCUGCGCCAUGCGCUCGGCGGCCUCUCGCUCCUUCUGGGCCUGUGUGGCCAGCUGGACGCCCCUCUCCUUCUCCGCCUGUGCCGCCCUCUCCUUGGCUGCGAUGGCCUGCUCACGCUGCAGCAGGUGAUCUAGGGUCUCCUGCGCCUUCAACUCCUUCACACCUGACACACACAGAACAGAGAGGGGGAGAAAUGUUCUCCUGCAAACAAAGGGUGCACAUUCUCUCCGAAUGUGUGGAGGCGCACCGCACCCGCAUCUUUCUCCCGUUCGUCGAGCUCGUUCUCUCUGCGCUGUAUGUCUGUCAGGCGGUGGUGCAGGACCUGCUCGGAGGAGUCGACCUCAGCCUCCCUCUCGGCGACGACCUUCUCUUUGGCCCGCAGCUCCUGAAGCAGCGACUUGAUGUGCACCCGCUCCCGCUCGCACAGCGCACUCGCCCCACAGAUGCAGAUCUUCUUGCCCUCCUCCUUGGCCUUGUAAAACCCUCCCAGACGCAGCGCAUACCCCGGAUCUUUCGGCCCUGCCAAGGGGUCCUCACGGAGAGAGGACGAGGCGGCCUGGCCUUGGCCUGCUCGGGCAUGCUGCUGAGGGUAUUGGUGUUGCUCGUUGGGGAUGGGUCUGCGUCUGUUGAGGCGGGCCACGCCGACAAUCUCAGCGGAGGGGCUGCGGCGCCUUGACGUGUGGGUGCUGGUGGGCGUGCCGGCGUCGGAAACGACCGAGAGGGUCUCCAGGGCGUUGGGCGUCUUGGGCGCCUUCGGAGUCUUGCUCAUGGUGGUGCACAAACUGUGGGUGGGGCUCUCGCGGCCGGCCUCGGUAGCUACCAGGUGGGACUCAUUGCAACGGGCAGAUGGAUGGAUGGGGAAGCAUUGAACCAAUAGCGGAUACCUCAGGCAUCACCAACAACCUCAAACU